GUGUGGUUGUGUGUACAUUUGUCGUUAGCUCGUAUAGAAGAUCAUGAUGAGUUAUAUUUUCCAUGGCUAUUUGGCCGUCAAAAUUUGUCCAGUGUGUCUAAAGAGUUCUUCAAUCAUCCUGGAUCUUCCACGGAGAAUGUGAUGGCCAUCCAAGAAGAUCUUAUACGAAUUAUUCAAUCUCGACCGUGUUUAGAUGCCAUCGUUAACGGUGAAGACGACAUGCUUAACUUAGAAACAAGUGCUGUGAUUGAUGUCAAACAUCCAUUGAAUGCCUACUUUGUACUUAAACAGGCAUUUGUUGUUUCGGAAAGAGUGAUUAAAAUGGCCGAUAACGGGUUUGAUUGCCCAUGGAGAUUUCAUGUGCACAAACGAGAUUUACAAAGUGUUAUGAGUGGCUUGCUCAAUAUUCAGAUCUAUUCUGGAAAUAGCGCAGAACAAGUGAGCAAAGGGCAACUCUCCUUCAAAGGGAUUUCUUAUUUUGGCCACCCAUUGGAUGCCAAUGACAUUGAGGCUAUCACAUCAAUUGCACAAGCCAGGAUGAGACUCAAUUCUGUUGUUCAAUGGUUGGAGGCCGCUUUGAAUAUUGCCAAGGAAAAUGAAAAAGAUGCUGAAAUGGCAUCAAUGGAAAAAAGACUGGAGAAAGCAAAAAAACUUCACGACGAGUUCAUCGUCAACCAUGGAUUCCUUCACGUGGAUCACUCCAAAAACCAAUCACGUAUUGUAUACACCAAUCAUGGUUUAUAUUAUCCAAAUGUUCUGUCUAAGGCUAAAUUGUUACAAGUCCAAAGGCAUGUCAAUGCAUUAAAGGUUUUCGAGAAACUAGUGGAAACUUUCAAAAACCUUUCCCCAUUGGCCAUUGAUCCUGAUCCAAAACUAUUUCAAUCUGGCAUCGAUGAUGACACCUUGCCAUUUUUUCUGGCUUAUUUCUUGGAACGCAACAUCAUUGAAUUGUGUCAAGGGAAAAAGGAUCAUCAGACGAAAAAUGAGCGCUGUUUCCUCAGUCAUUUUGGCAACCCUGGGUCUUACUUGUCACCUUUCAAGUAUGAACAAUUGCAAUCUUCCCCACUCGUGGGCAUGUUCCAUGAUUUCGCAUCAGAAUUCCAGACUUCGGCACUAAAAGAAGCCUCCAAAGUUCGCCUCAAGACAACACCUCUAAACGUUCAAAACGAAAUCCGAGACUUCACAGAUUUGAGGUCAAGCAAAGUAGCGUACUUUCAUGACCAAGAUCAUCCCACAGCUCAAAAGAUGUCUCAGAAGAUUGAAAAGGCUCUGAACUUUCAUUUAAGCACGGAAUUCUACGCAUCCGAAAACUAUCAAAUCAUGAAUUAUGGUGUUGGAGGUAACAUCGUUGGUCACCUGGACAGUGUAGGAACAUUGGAUCCAAUAGCUUAUCAAAGAAACUUGAAGCACGGUGGAGAACGAUUCAGUACAUUUAUGGUGUAUUUGUCCACUUCGCAAGCUGGGGGAAGGACCGUGUUUCCGCAACUGGAUCUCUCCAUACAACCGGUUCAGGGUUCGGCUCUUUUCUGGUUCAACUUAGAUUCGUCUGAUGUUUAUGACACAAGAAGCUUCCACAUGGGAUGUCCGGUUCUGUAUGGAAACAAAUGGAUUGCCAACAAAUGGACCAAGACUCUGGCUCAGUGGCGCCAAUAUCCUUGCCGACCCAAUCGCACUUCGUAUUCAUUGCUGUAGUCUACUUGCUAAAAAAUCGUGAGGAAUUCCAGCCUUAUCGUUUGACUCAAACACUCCUUAUGGCAAAUACAAUGGAUACACGUCUAUGACGCUAUUAUGGUCAUUUAUUGUUUGCAAACUUCUCACCGCUAUCGGAAAUGUGAUCAUAUCAUGUCAAGAAAAUACAACAACUUUACAG